GAGCAAAUGCUAAAUUUAGUAACACGUCAACAAAAGGAACUAUGUGGUCAUCGAAGAAUUUCUUAAAGAUAUCUUACGGGAUGGAUUUUUAGUUGACGUCAGGCUUUUCCAUACUUUUUUUCAAUAGCUGUAACCACCACAGAAUAUACCACUAAAAUAUCGGUGUUGUCAUGACAAGUUCACGGAAGUGAAAACUUGCACAACAUUCGACGGCCAUUACGGAUAACAGACAGCAAGUAUAGAGUGACGUGUCUGUGAACACGACAUAUCCAUUUGACAGGGCAUAAUUGACGCUGACCAUCUAAAAUCGCAAUCAUGGCGUUGGAGCCCCCUUCUGCCCAAAUACUUGACAUGCUUUUUGAUCAGAAUGACGGGGUUUUGAAAGAGGAAUUGCAGGAUGUCCAGACCAUAGAUUUCAAUGACCUUGACAUUGACCUCCUGCAAGACAACAUAUUUGAUUCCCUGCUGACCGAUGACACCCUAAAAGAACAAAUCCAAACACAGAGCGAGCCCUCACAGCAAGUGCACACGGAUCAUGACUAUUACUCUCACAAAUCUCCCAGUGAGCACAGUGACAGUGGUGUGUCAUUAGAUUCAAUGGGAGACUCACCUCGUGGUUCAACAGAUAGACUGGAGACAGUGUCAAGUGAAGGAAAAAUGUCAGAAUCGGUGGUCAGCCAAUCACAUUAUGGGACUGAGACAAUGUUCCAAUCAGAUGCAAGCCCUCUUGGGCUGGAGGACUUGGACAUGCAUGAUAUAAAUGUGGAUUUCAGUGGUGUUGCUUCAGCAAAUUUCUUGGACAAUUUUGAUCUCCUUGCAUCAAAUGACAAAGAAGUGUCUGUGAAUUUUGAUUCUGGCAGUGACAGUGAUGACACUUCAUCAACAAACAACACCUCCUACAUCACAGUCAGCAGCGGAGACAGGAAAACCGUUCAGAUCCUGAAGUUGUCAUCAAGCCAGUCUCAGUCCCUGCCCUUCACAGUGAAGGAUGUGAAUCCCGAGGUCACAAGUUCAUCCAAGUACCCUGACCUGCAGCUGACCGAGGAGGAGAAGGACCUGCUGAACCGGGAAGGCGUGUCCCUACCUUCCCACCUACCUCUCACCAAGGAGGAGGAAAGAGCCCUUAAGUCCAUCCGCAGGAAGAUCCGCAACAAGGUGUCAGCGAAGGAAAGUCGAAAGAGAAAGAUGGAGUAUGUUGAUGGCUUAGAGCAACGGGUCAAACUGUGCACCUCUGAGAACCAGAACCUUCACAAGAAAGUAAAUGCCCUGGAGAAACAGAAUGUGUCUCUGCUCACCCAGCUGAAGAAGCUGCAGAUGAUGGUGACCUCCAAGUCAGGUCGACCUGCCCAGACAACAACCUGUCUGGCUGUCCUGCUCUUGUCCUUUGCCCUGCUGGUGAUACCUAACUUCAACCCCUUCUCCCGGAACAGCUCCGUCUCUGAUCUCAAGCAGAUGCCUAUGCCAGGGAAGUCGAGAAGUCUCCUACACAACAGUGAUGCUCUGAAUGGGAACGAUGAUGACCCGUAUGGAGUGUCCAUCAAACCCUCCUUGCCUUGGAACACCAAGACACCAGCCAUUAAACCCAUGAAAGGCAGAAUCAAGGCUCCUGAAGACAGCGACAUGAACACAGCAUUGGAUUCCAACGAGACAGCAGAAUUGGACCCCAAUACCCUUAAUGGUCUCCUGCCGGUGAAAGAAAAUGUUGUACCUGCAGAAACAGUACAAGAACAUGAUGAUCAGGGAAAAGGACAAUUUGCUCACAGACCGCAAAAAAUAGAGGAGGCAGAUUUAUGAGUGCUGACAUUCUGUUUGUUACCAUGGUAACAGAAUUAAAACUGGAUCAGUGAAUGGUGAUCAGAGAUAUCCACCAAUUUGUUAUGUUUUGGCAGCAAAAAAUUGUGAUUCAUGUUUUAUAGGUUUUUACUCGCUGUCCUGCAGUAAUGGACGUUUACAACAUAAUGGGUCAUUACAGUAUCCUGUAGGAUUCUCUUACACACAAACAUCUUGGUACUUGAAUAUGUACAGUGUAGAAUAAAUUUGCCUUUAUGAAUGUAGCUGCCACCAAUCACGAUACUAAAUUGUAUUUUGCUUAUGAAUUCAUGAGGAUAUAGUUUACACGCAGAUGUAGACAUCGUUUUGUUUGUUUCUCUGAAAAUUAAUAUCUAUGUUUUUGUUAACACUUCUGUUGCGUGUGUUCAACUUGCCCAAUAGCCCAGUGGAUAACUAUGAAAAAGAUAGAAAAUUAAACAUCAAACAUUAAGCAUCAAACUCAUAUAAUAUCCUGAAGCAAGUGGAAGGAGAAGACAAAGACGCUUUGUGCUUGAUGGCCAUCAAAGAUCAGCUUAGCAUGCAUCGUAACCUAUAAGUUGAAGUUUUGCGACAAGUUACAAAAUGACAAUUUGCACAAAUAACCACCAUACAUGAUGUGAAUAAUGUUUUGCAAGGUGUACAUUUGCUGUGGACUGUCAGACAGUGGAUUUAGUGGUCAUUCUUUCGCUAUACAGCUUUGGGCUGUAUCGUUGUUUUCAUGAAAUUACAGCUACAUAUUGUGGCGAAUGUAUAUUAUACAGAAAGAGAGAAAAUGACAAAGCAUGGAUUUUUAUAAAUGAGGUUUCAAAUGCCUUGUUUCAGUGGGAUCGUGUAGUCAUCAUUUUUGUUGAACAUCCAACAUGGCUUUACCAGAGGGAAGGCUACGUAUUUGUGUGCUAGUAUUGUCAUGUGCUGUAAACAUUUUGUUGAUCUAUUGUUUAUGACUAUAUAUUUAUCAUGUUUACAGAAAGGAAUAAACUGUUUUUAAUA